UUUACGUUUUAAAUCCCAUUCAAGUUUUGCUUCACACUACAUACAGCAAGAGAGUUCUAGGCGCGAAUAGCAUACUUCGUCAAGAAGAACACCCCAAGAUGGGUACUGGAAAAUUGUGUAUAAAGUAUCUACUAUUUUCAUUUAAUGUAGUAUUUUGGCUGGCUGGUUUAGCAGCUAUUGGGGCUGGCAUAUGGAUGUUGUUUGACCCUGGUAGAUUCAAUGAUUUUCUAGGAAAAUACACAUUUACAAUACCUGCUUCAAUAUUAAUAGCAACUGGUCUAUUUGUGACAUGUGUUGGGUUUUGUGGAUGUUGGGGUGCAAUAAGAGAAAACAAAUGCAUGCUUGGCACAUAUUUUACAAUGCUGUUGUUGAUAUUUUGUGCUGAAGUAGCUGCUGGGGUGCUGGGUUUCUUGUAUCGUGAUAAGAUAAAGGAUGAAGUGACCUCUGAAUCACAGUCAGUAAUACAAAAUAAAUAUGGAACUGGUGAUAAAGAUAUAGAUUAUGCUGUAGACACUGUACAAGAAAAGCUUGAAUGUUGUGGUGCUAAUGGUUAUGGUGAUUAUACUCCUUCUUCCAAGUGGUAUUUAAACAGAGGAAGUGCCAUCUAUUAUGUGCCACCAUCUUGCUGCUCCACGCAAUCAAAAUGUCUGAAAACGACAGACACAAAUGUUGUUUAUACCAAAGGUUGUAUUGACGAACUUGUUAAAUAUACUAAGGACAACAUGAUGAUCUUAGGAGGCAUUGGAAUAGGAUUAGCAUGCGUGCAGUUACUGGGGAUGUGUUUCGCUUGCUGUCUUUUCUUUGCAAUCGACGAUUACUGAAGUGUUAUGAACGCUGAUUGAAGACGUAUUAACCUGUUUCAUAUAUUGGCAAAUUACUGUUUUCUAAAUAGUUAAUCUCGUUAAUACGUAUAGCAAUAAGGCAAAAAGAUGUUAAUAUAUAUGUAUACUAUUUUUAAAAAAAUGGUAUCAACUUUGAUGUUUUUCCGAAUCUAUUAGUUUUUUUGUUGAGUGUUUUUGCAGUUUUAGCGAAAUUGUUAAAGAAAUCCCACUAAAGUCGUAAGUUCGCGAAAAACGUAUAAUUUACCGAAACACUUAUUGCGGCUAUCUUAUCGUAACUUAUGUGUAUGUUUCAGUAAAAGUGUUGUCAUAGCUAAUUUCUCAACGCUAAUUUUCCCUACAAAGAUGUUUCAAUGACGUUUACCAUAAGGGCAAAUCUCAUGAAUAUAAAGUAAGAUUUUGUGCAUUAUAAUGUAUAUAGGAACUCAGCAUUUUCUCUACAUCCUGGCUUGUAAAAUGGCAUGGGGUUUAGUGAAAAGGUUGUAUAAGUUAAGUAUGUUUUAUACGAAUUUUACACUCCUCUGUAUAUAUUUAAAGAAAAAUGUUAUUACGUAAAAUGAUAUAUUAAAAAUAAAA